CAGAGGCUAGCUGUCUUCUCCGCUGUCUGCGAACACACACGCACACAAGACGUUACUCCGGUGUUUACGUUGGUAUCGGACCGCGGAGUAGAAGGAAACCCCCCCUGUAAAGUGUACACGGUGUAAUGGAGCGGUACGAGUCUCUGGGUCCGGUCGGGGAGGGCAGUUACGGCACCGUGCUGAAGUGCCGUCAUCGAGACUCCGGCCGCCUCGUUGCCAUCAAGAAGUUCGUGGACUCCGACGAUGACAAGGCGGUGAAGAAGAUCGCCCUGAGGGAGAUCAGGCUGCUCCGGCAACUGCGUCACGGCAACCUGGUGAACCUCCUGGAAGUGUGGAAGCGUCGCCGCCGCUGGUAUCUGGUGUUCGAGUUUGUGGAGCGGACACUCCUGCAUGAUUUGGAGCAAAACCCAGGCGGACUCGACCUGAACACCAGCCGGCAAUACCUCUACCAGAUACUGAGGGCUGCAGCCUUCUGCCACCAGAAAAGUAUCAUCCACCGUGACAUUAAACCAGAGAAUAUCCUCAUCUCUCAGGGGGGCGUGGUCAAGCUGUGCGAUUUCGGCUUUGCCCGCACCGUGGCGUCGCCUGCUGAGGGUGGCGUCUACACCGACUAUGUAGCCACUCGCUGGUACAGAGCCCCUGAACUGCUGGUGGGAGACAUUAAAUACGGAAAACCAGUAGAUGUGUGGGCCGUGGGUUGUCUGUUAUUAGAGAUGUUAACAGGUCAGCCUCUGUUUCCCGGAGACUCGGACCUCGACCAAAUUUACCACAUCGUCAGGUGCCUUGGUAACCUGACUGCUCCUCACCAGGAGUUGUUCCACAGGAAUCCCGUCUUUACUGGAGUCAGAUUGCCAGAAUGUUAUGGUCAAGUCCCACUGCAGCAGCGCUUCCCUACAGUCACAUCCACUGCCCUAGACCUGGCACAGAGCUGUCUCCAGAUGGACCCAGAAAGACGCGCUCAGUGUUUAGAACUACUUGAACAUCCUCUGUUCACAAAGGACUCUUUCCACAUCAGGUUUUUGAAUGAGCUGACUGCUAAGAUCCAAAGGGACCACAGAGAAAACUCUGCCCUUCCCAAAACAACCAAAACCCCAAGACGAGAAAAGGAUCAAGGGAAUGAGAAAAACCAGAGAAGCAAAGACAGGAAACAAAUGGAAGAUGUGGAUGAGAAAGUUAACAAGGAAAAAGAGAAGAAAGACAAGAAGGAAGAAGAGAAGAUGGAGAAAACAAAAGGAAAACAGCCUUCGAAGCUUUCUAAAACUAUUCGGAACACCUCAGAACCUUUGUUGUCCACCAAAAAGUCCAAGGCAUUGGGCGCUAAGGUAAUCAACAAUACAGCAAGAGCUUCAGUGGCCAUGAAAAGUAGACCAGGAAAAGCCACUGGUGCUCAGUUAAAGAGGGAACAUGAGAUUUCUAAAUCAGCUAAAACCCUUACUUCGGAUUCAUCAGAAGGUACCAAGACCGUAACAGGUCUGAAGGACAAUAACAGAGUUGCAGCUAAACCUAAACAUAAGAAUGUUGCUUCUCCAGAGACAAGGGAUGACCAUUUAAAAAGUACAAAGAAGACAAAAGAUAUAGAUUCCAGUGGCUUGCAUUGUAGUUGCUCAGACACAGCUGUUGCAAGUGAGACUGAGAAAAAUGUAAUGGACAUCUGUAAAUCUUCUGAAUCAACGGCCAUUCAAAAGUAUGGGAAGAAAUGGAGCAAUGCAAACACGAAAGUGCCAAAAUUGUCUAAAAGCUCAACCCCUGACCAUCCGAAUGGGAGUUUAUCUUCUAAAGUUUCUUUGAUAUCAACUGUCAAUCGAAUAGACACUAGCUUGGCAUGUGAAGCGUGUCAACCAUCAAACAAUGACCACAUUGAGGUCUCUACCCCAACUAUCCCUUCUGUCACCAAGCCAUGCAAGGCAACUACUAUUUCAGAGCAUCAGACCGAUCAGUUGACUGUGGACCCAGAGCAAAGAAGGACAUCUGAAUGUCCAAAAGUCUUAGCCUCAAAUGCCAAGCUGCCUAAAACUACCUCAAACUUUGGCCCAGAAAUGACUAAAACCAACAUCUCUUUGUUAAUCAACCAGUCAAAGACUCUUACCUCUGAUCUUUCAGCACAGUCCUUCACAGUUUUUGCAGAGGCCAGUCCUAAACACAGCACUAUGACACUACCCAAAGGAAUUUCAAAUCCUAAAUUAUCCAAAACUGGCUCGACUUCAAUUGCUAAACCCACAAAUGACACCACAUGUGCACCCAACAAACCUUCAAAGGGCCUUGCAAAAGACAGUGAACUAACAGAAGUAUCAAUCGAAACCAAAAAACAGCACGAUAGUUUUAACACUUCAUACAAGGCUAUCAAGGAUCAUGGAUACUUGAAGCGGAGCCCAGCGACCAAAACAGAGGGAAGCCGCAAACAAAUAUUCCACGCUCUUGGAAAAGAUCAGCUGGAGGAUCCUCUAUCUUCUGAGUCCUCCAGCGUCCAUCAGCAGAGCACUUUCAAAUCCAAGAUCAUCCCAGAAUCCAGAUCAACCUCAGCCUCCAUACUGAGUGAAAUUCCUAAAACCAAUACAUUAGUAGGGACCACUUUUCCUAAAACCCUGAAAGUCUUAGAUAAAGAGAACAGAGAGAAUUUAGCGCUUUCUGUGUCCAUCGGUGCAACAACCAAGUCUUCAGUAAAUCAAACCUCAAAUGUUUAUUUAAGCUCAAGUAACAAGCAAAAGAACGACAGCAGUGAAGUUGAAUCUGAUGUAAAAUCCUUGAAACCCCCUCACUCCAAAUCUUUGAUUGGACAACCUCAAGCAGAGCUUGGGUCUUUUAGUAACCAAAGCACAUCCGCCACAACAAUGACCCUAAACGCUCAGAAAACUACAUUUCCAACAGAGGCAAGGAAGAAAAGUGACAACUCAGAAAGGAAUGACACAACAAAUAUAUCCUCGAUCCCAAAUUCAACUUUAAUCCCGUCUAUGGCUACUCCAGACCAUAGAGCUUCAAAACGAAGCUUCAUUUUACACAACAUGGACACCUCAGACUUAAAUGAGUUUGAUUUCACUGUACCCCAUCACUCUCCGCCUCCUCCACCUCCUCCUCCCUCCUCCACUCCUCUCCUCCUCCCUCCUUCCUCCACAACCCUUAUCCCCUCCUUCUCUGAUGUCAAAACCAACAGCCCAGCCGUCAGCGAUCACCUUACCCUGGGGGCAGGUUUCCACCCUGGGAACCACAGCCUUAGGUGCAUAGACAAGCCAAGGCAUCGCGGUGGCGUUUAUAGUCGACUGGCCCAACAGUCUCUGUCGAGCCACAUUACAGCAUCAGUACCAGCCCAGGUGUCGGAUAAGAGUCUGAUCUGCGAGCGCUCCUUCCUAUCUGAUCGCCGUAACUGUGGUAACAGCGGUGGCGUUGCAGUGGCCAAAAAGAAGUCUGACAUCCAUUUCCCUGAUCUAAGAGGCUCGGUGCUAGCAGAGCUCAGAGGAAGAGAUGGCAAGCACAGCAAAGGCGUCGCCAAGGAUCAGAGGAAAGACAAGCAGCCAGUUCCCUCCGUUUCUCCAUCAGAGCCGCAGCAGCACGGACGCGACAGUAUGGACAGACACCACACACACACACCGAGACACGCAUCCUAACACGCCGGUUUUGUUCUUUGCUGACUUUCUAGACGCAGAUUUCUUCAUUUCUUACUCAUCGCCGUAAACCUGCUGACUUUGGCUAAAUCCAAAAGACGCGUUGCAUUCUCCCUUCUGCCGUUCAGUCAUUUAGCGUUGGCGGUGGCCACAUUGUUCAGAUAUAAAGAACCAGUUGUUUUAUUUACACCUGGUUAUUGGUGUCAAAUGUGAAACUUGAUGAUACGAAGAAUAAAAUUGUUACUUUUGAGCAUCUUUAGUCAAACAAGAGAUAAAUAAUGUCUGAAAAUUUCAAUAAUGCCAGUUAAUUUAAAAGUUCGUUGGUUUGUUUUAU